AUGAAUAUUGAUCGUUUUCUGCAUGAUUUAAAAAAAUAUUCAACCAACCUUGCGAAAACAAUGAGUAUGAAUGAAAGAACUUAAUAUUAAUAAUAUGGAUUAUUGUAAAAAAAAUUAAGAGAAAAGGUAAAAUUAUGGCUAAAUGAUUGUUUUUAUGAUGAUUAUUAAUUUGGAUCUUAUAGAACUGAUAUACGAAGUUGUUCACUAGUUUAAUCAAAUAAUGCUAACUUUUCAUUUGUCCAUAAAUCAAUAUAAGAGUUCUUAAUUGCAGUUGAUUUAUAUGAAGUGUUAGUUUAAUCGAAUGAUUUUAAAAUAUAGAUAUUGAUUAUUAUAAUAGAAUUGUUGUCAAAAGAAAAUAAUUGA